GCGCAAUGCGGCAGCGCGUACCACUCUUUGAUCCAACCCCGAAAAGAAUAAUUUUUAAUUAUGUUAAUGCUGAAAGCUUACAGGUGGUACAGAGAGCGAGUUGAAUUAAAUUAAAUUAAACAAGAAACAACGUAGCAUCUUUGGAGAACAAUCGCAGCAACAACAUACAUGACACACAACUUGCCAACGCUGCAGUUUACGCAUGAACCACAAGAUGGCGGCAUUGUAUCCUGAAUAAACCCAGGUCUACAGGGAACCAGGAAGGAAAUAUUACAAUGUAAAAUAUUUGUCACCAGAAACACAGGACGUCAAUUUGGUACAGUCUACGUUGUUGCUGCUUUAUCCACAGAAAAUACGCACGUCGCGUUGAAGCCUCAAGCCGCGAGCAGACCCCUUCACUUUGUUCCUGUCCUCGUAAUUGAUAAAGUUUCAUUUGAACAGCCUCUUAUUGCUAGAAAGAUGGCGGCCCCGGCGGCGAAUGAAACUGUGCAUGGAGUUCCUCCUUCACUGUCUGCUAAAGUGGUUGGGUCAUUUGCCUAUUUCACAGUGAAAGACAGAUUGCCGACCAUCCUGACCAAAGUUAUAGACACAAUACAUCGCAACAAAAACAAGUUUUUUGAAGAAUAUGGAGAGGAGGGUAUCGAGGCAGAGAAGCAAACAAUAGGUCUGCUGUCCAAAAUGAGGAAUGAGCUGCAGACUGAUAAGCCAAUAAUACCACUAACAGAUGGCCUGCAAGACACAGAGUCCUGGAACCAGUACCUGGAGAGACAACAGAAACUGCAUGGAGACCAAGAGCCUGUCAGCUGGUUCAAGUCUCCAUGGCUUUAUGUGGAGUGCUACAUGUACCGCAGGGUACAGGAGGCCCUCUGGCUCAAUCCUCCCAUCAGUGACUAUGAUGUCUUUAACGAGGGAAAGACUCAGAGCUAUUUUGAGUCUCAGCAGGCUGUGAUGGCUUUAUGCACAUACACUGAGGGCAUCAGCAAGAAUUUGGAGGAGCUUUCCAAGAAUCAGCUGUUUGAGCAUUUUGACAAACUGCUGCAGGUUUCUCUGUGGGGGAACAAGUGUGAUCUGUCCAUCUCUGCCGGCCAAGAAAACUCACAGAAGACCAGUCCGAUAGAUUCCCUCAGCAGCCUGCAACCAUUCAUCCUGGUGAAUGACACCAACAUGGUAUGGUCAACUCUUAUUUCAGCCCAGAGGCCUGGACAGUCUGAGAAAACCACUGGGGUCAGAGUGGACAUUGUUCUAGACAAUGCUGGCUUUGAGUUAGUCACUGACUUGGUCUUAGCAGAUUUCCUGGUCUCCUCUGGCCUUGUCCAUGAGGUCCACUUUCAUGGCAAAUGCUUGCCGUGGUUCGUCUCUGAUGUCACAGCUAAUGAUUUUCAGUGGACCAUCCGGCAGACCAUGACGGCCAAUCACAGGUGGAUGUCAAAGAGUGGUGUCAAGUGGAAUACCUACCUGAAGGAAGGCGUGUGGUCCUAUCAUGAUCAUCCUUUCUGGACGCAGCCGCAUGAGUUCUGUGACAUGGCGGCUGAUGCUCCAGACCUGCAUGCGACCCUGCAGGGGGCAGACCUGGUGCUUUUUAAAGGCGAUCUCAACUACAGAAAGUUGACAGGGGACAGGCAGUGGGAUCACACAGUGGGCUUUGAUACUGCGCUACGGGGUUUUGGGCCUGCGCCACUGUGUAGCCUGAGGACUCUUAAGGCCAAUGUUCAAGUAGGUCUGCAGCUGGGCCAAGCUGAGAAGCUCACCUCCCAGGAUCCAGACUGGAUGACCAGUGGCAAAUACGCCGUCAUUCAGUACCACGACUCAAAGUCAGAAAAGAAAGACUGAGGAUCUCACUGAGAAGACGUGGAUUCAGAGGAACAUUUCAGUAAGAAGUCCCUCAAGAAGGAGUUACCUUUAAGCCAUAAGACCGUUAAGUUACACAAGGUUGUUAAUGAUGUCUGUGUUCCUCAUCGUCAGUUAAGUCUUCAUAAUGUUUGAUACAGAAACGCACAGUAACAAAUAUUUAACAGGUAUUUUCACAACAUUUGUACCAUGUCUUACUUAAAAUGUUAGCACUUUAAGAUCUAAAUGUUUUCCCAUGAUUUGAACACAGUUGUUUACGACGACACGUUUAUCCUCAGAAGUAACAUACCAAGAUUGAUUUUUAUCAUAAAUAGCUAAUGUGUUGUGCUCAGUUGUAUUAAGUCAUAUAGUGUUUACAGGUUAAUGUAGAUGCUGUUAACAAUCAUGGAGUAAAAAUUGGGCUUUUUAAAAUCUCCAGCAGCAAUACUUUUCUUUUUGCAUGCAGUUGAGGAGAGUGAUGAUAGAUGUAAUAUAUAGUUAUUUUUAUUUCAGCUCAGCUCAGGUUGUUCUACUGUUGCACUCAGUGUCCUUGAUAUAUGCAUGCAUCAAAACAUGCAGACAGCCAUUUAAAGUCACCUAAGGGAGAUCACAACGUAAUUUGGUAACCGCUUUGCUCUGUUUGAAAGAUGGCAGACUGUUAUUGGGGCAGUGUAAUAAUAACAGUGAUCAUGUGUGCUUGUGUAGAUUAAAAUGGCAACCCAGACCUCUGUAUCUACAUAGAUAAAAAUGGAUGUCCCUGUGCACACUGUUAUGUCAUCUAAAUUGACAGUGUCAGUACUUCAGAGGUGAUGUUAACUGGAUUCUUCUCAGUGCUGCUGGGGGAGAUGAUAUCAUUUUCAUUAAUGGGAUAAUUUGAUUUAAUAAAGAACUGUAUUG